AUGGUCCGUGGCGCCCCGACUGCUCCAGACACAACGUCUCCGCUCGUCCCGGUGUACCAUUGCAGGCUGGUCUCCGUGGGGAAAUCCCCGGCGCUGGUUCGAAUCACGUCCAGCAUAUUCAUCGACAUCGUCAUCGUCAAUUUACUGCAGGUGGUCCCGGGGACGCUGGUCAACCCGCGCGGGCUUUUGGUCAGUCGCUCACGUGAAAUCUGUGGCACUCGAAAUCGUCAAAAUAAAUAUCGUCUCCCACGCGCGACUGGCAAGCUGUUCAGCAGUUCACUGGUCGUCAGGAGACCCAAGAGUCAAACGACGAUACAGCUGAUGCAGACGGUGUAG